AUGGCGGGGAGCGGGAGCGCCGCCGCCGCCGCUGCCGCCCGUGGGCUGGCGGGACCGGGAGCGCGCGGGGGCAGCGGCGUGUACAGGGGGUGGAGGCGGCUGCUGUGCCCCAAGAAGACGCUGAGGCUGUUGGAGGGCUCCGUGGUGCACCGGGAAGGAGCCCUGCUGGCACUGAGCAAGCCCCCAGGCCUCCCCAUUCUGGGGCGCCCUGGGGACCUGAGCCUGGAUUCCCUGCUGCCGGCACUGAGACGACGCCUGGGCCUCGCUGCUGAGCUCCACGUGGUGAAGGCUCCUGCCAGGGAGUGUUCUGGCCUUGUCCUCCUGUCCAGCUGCUACCACACCACUAAGAAGCUCCAGCAGUUCUUCACCAAUGCUCGCCAGAGAGGCCAGUACCCUGCCACAUAUCGUGCCAUCACUGUGGGAGUCCCGGCGGAGGUGGAAGGUGAGAUCUGCACUGGGCUGUGCUGGCAGCAGCAGGGGGACAGAGCCAUGGUGGUGCCGGUGCCAGCCCCAGGACGCCGCAGCCUGGUCAGAAAGGAUGUGAAGAUCACCCUGACACACUACCGGGUGCUGAGCGCUGUGGGGGGCUGUGCCCUCCUCCAGCUCCAGCCCAGGACGUCCUUCCCAGAACAGCUCCAGGUGCACCUGACACUGCUGCUGUGCCCGGCCCUGGGCGACCACGAGCACUCUUCCCACGUGGGCAGGGUGCUGGGAAUGCCCUUCUUUCUGAGCCCCGAGACCGCCCCGGCGCACACACAGGUACUGGACGAGGAGUUGCUGUCCCGGCUGGAGCUUUCUCCACAACAGCUCCAUCACCUCCCGCUCCACAUCCACCUACAGGAGCUAGUGCUGCCUGAGGGCCCCCUCUGUGCCCCUCCACCACCCUACUUCUUGCACACUCUGCGCUGUCUGGGGCUGCCUGAGCAGUAGGAGCCCUAGUCCUGCAGGGGAAUACCCACUCCCCACUUCUGCUCUCUGCCACCCCAUUAAAAUCCCCCCCUGCUGCCUGGGUGAUUUAGUUAGUA